CAGUUGUAGGUAGUAUGUGAUGUCAUAGCCUGUGUAAUAGCUCACAAUGCCGCAAAAAUGACAUUGCAAAAAAGAUUAUUGUCGUUUAAUUAAGCAGUCAAUUUUGAAGAUGGAAUAUAUAUUAUUUCUAUGAUGGGAGUGGUUGGUUUGACUUCGUUUAUUAACGAGAAUAAACGACUGUUCCUCACUCGAACAUCGGUUGCUAGGCAACGCAUGGUGGUCGAUGGCUACGGGUUUCUACAUUAUGUUUAUUUUGAAAACAACCUUGAUGUGAGAUGCGGUGGCGAUUAUAAACAACUACAUGAUUUAUUUGAACAAUUUUUUCGCAACCUGAAACAAUGUUCAGUUGACACAAUAGUCAUAUUCGACGGAGACAGCGAUGAGGAUAAAUUACAAACUCGAAUCUCACGAAUGGAGGAAUCAAUUAAAAGGAUGAAACAAAUAUGGGCGGGAGAAACCUCAGCAAAAUUGCUGCCUUUAUUAUCAACUGAUGUCAUGAGACAAGCAUUGAUAGAGCUGAAUGUCCCUUAUUACUUCACAAAGGGAGAUGCUGACAUCACAAUAGUAUCUAUCGCAAACUACCUUAAUGCAUCUGUGUUGGCCAAUGACAGUGAUUUCUAUGUUCUUGGUGUCAAUAAAGGGUAUUUCCCCUUGAAUUUGUUCCAUUGGAAGCAGGUCCAAAGACGUGGCGAUCAUUCCUUUGUCACCGGGUAUGCAUAUUAUCAACGCACUAUGACGUCACAAUACCGUGUUACCGAUCGCGUCCUCUCGUUUCUUCCCGUCCUUACCGGAUGCGACUGGGUGUCACGUGACUUGUUUGCCAGCUUUGUCAAUGCCUUGUGUGAGAAACAAACGAGAAACAAUCGACGAAAUUCGUUAAAUCGUCGAAAGAUUGACGUCAUACUACGGUGGUUGUCACGUCAUAAACGUGAUGACGCAAUAAAGGAUGAAUUGUUGGCGACUUUCAAAGAAUCAAAGCGAUCGAUGACGUCACAAGAAAUCGAAUCCUGUCUACGUCAUUAUAGGGAAUUCCCCGACCCAACCCCGAUCUUCAACUUUCUCCAACGUCACAAUAUGUCGGAUAUGUUCGAAUCGAAGCCACCACAUCAAACAGAGAUGGAAAAUGCGAGUGACGUCACAUGCCAAUCAAUUCCGGAACAGUUUAUUCGUUUGGGGAAACUCCCCUCUAACCUUUGUGACGUCAUGAAUGGAACAAAGACGAUUGUUCUUCUUCUAAUUGUGACGUCAGACCCGUCGAAGCCGUCGCCGCAUACGCGAUGUCGAAGUUUAAGACAAACGAUUUACCGCUUGCUAGCGAUGCAUUCUUCGGAUAAUGGCAACUGUGACGUCACAGAAUACGAUCGGUCAAUUAAAAACAAAUAUCGUGACGUCACUCCAAUCUCUCUACCGGCACCAUGCGACUGUAAUGACGGGUAUAGAAAUCCUAUAUUAACCUCUUGGUUUGAAUGCAACAAAUUUGAGGGACACCAAGUUACAGCUCGUAAGGAUUACCUUCUAUGCUGUUUACUCGGUUGCCAACAACAACACCCACAGCGCCAUCUAGCGUUCAACGAUUUCAUCUCCCACAUCGCGCGUGACCCCGAGUUGACCCGACUUCCAUUGAUCGUUGCAACCACGUCAUACUGGAUCCAUCACACCCAACCUCCCCGCGCCCUGGUCGUAUCCGUUCUAAUAUCUCUAUCAACACACGAUGUUGCUCGUGACCUUCACCAUGACCUCGAGGCGACCUUUGACCCCUCGCCGUCUCACAGCGCCACCGAGUGGUUAUGCUGUCUCAAAUCUUCGUUGGUUUUAAACUCAGCUCUCUGUUUCCCUCUGCCGGAGCCUGAACUUUCGUUUAUCGAUUGUCGAUGGAUAUUGGGCGUUUAUGACGUCAUAAUGACGUGGAAACCCGAUGACGUCAUAAACAAAGUAACAGAUUGCAUGUCGAGAUUCGGGAAGGAAAAAGAUUUGUUCCUGUUGCUCUAUAACGCUAUCUACGGGUGAAGUUGUGGUAACUGAAUCCUACAUCUCAGGACUUCGUACCAACAUCGAUGAAAUAAUGGUAGAUUUUGCCAAAGGAAUGGUUCUAUGCAUGGCAGCAAAAGUUUAUAUUGUUUCUAUGGUGCUCGUGUGGUUUUUUAUACGUUUUAUCAGGAAUAAAACCAAUGAAAUUGA